AUGCAACUAAGACGUCAAGUUCAGGACAACAUAUCGAACUCACUUCAGGGAUCGAACCAACUUGCAAUAAGAGCUACGACAACCUUCCCUGAUAUCCCAGAGGACGCUCUUAAAAAUUGCCAGAUGCACUUUUUCUGCAACGAAAAUGAAGAUGUAAGGCUACUAGUUGGUGCAGACUUGGAGAGGGGAACAGCGUACACAAUAGAAUAUGUCUCCGACUUGCCAGGAAUUGAUCGAAUCUUGCGGCCAAGUGAUUCUACGAAAUUAUCGGCUGGACAGAUACGACUAUACAAGAAGUUCACGUGCUUCUUAACACGAGUCCAUGUAGGCAUUUUAGGCCCCUUCCGCUGUGCCAAUAGGCUUAGACAAGUGACCGCCGGGAGUGAAGAAGAGCAUGCCUGCAUGCUGCGAGGAGAUCGACCUAUUCCAGUUUACCGAGCGUUGAUUCCGUCGUUUGUUCGUCUCGAGCAAAUAAUGGACUUUCGCCUUUCUGGCCGUUCUUCGCGAUACCGCAAGUUGUAUCAUGCGAGUCCUGAAGGAACUAUUCGAGCAUCCGACUUGCGAGACAAAAUCAUUUAUCUCGGAUGA